GGGUUUUUCUACGCGUACGACUCGCCUCUUGUAGACCUUGUGUCUUGUGCCUUAUUGCUUUAGUCGGCGCUAAGUCGUACGUCAUGUGACUAGAGCAGUCUGCUUGAUACGGCGUAGCCUCUUACAUCUAUACCUCACUUAAUCUUACCUUCGUGUACUCUACUAACUCACUACUUAACCAAUCUACUCUGCCUCUAACCUAGAGCUAUGUCGAAACCGUCUAGCUCAUUCACCUUCUAUACCGACACCGCUAGCACCUACUGGCCGCUCGGCUGGAACUUCCAGCGGUAUGCCCACGCCACGCCCGCGGACAACGCCGCGCUGUCGGACGAGGAGCGCACCAAGAUGCAGGCCGGCUUCCGCGAAGUGCUCGGCGAGGACGGCGCUAUGGAGAUGGCUCGCGUCGUGUGGCAGGAACAGCUGCGUCGCAUGAAGCUCGAGAAAAAGUCCUCUUCUGCCGCCACCGCGUCGUCACCGUCGUUUGCGCAGAAGCAGCAGCAGCAGCAACGGCCUUCGCCACCUCCCCCCAACUGGCUCAAGACUUGGCGCAAACGGACGGGCGGCGACGUCGGCGGGGCAUGGGGCUUCGUCGCGUUCUGUACUUCCAGUGCCGUCGCCGCCAUACCGGAGUCGGACGUGGCCAGAUUCCACACACGCGCACGGGACAUGGCGGAGAUCCCGAUCCAGAAGGCGUUGGAGGAGGAAGGGCAGCCUGCCGACGAGAUCGCCGAGGCGCGACGCUCGUUUGAGAUCCGCUGGGUCGAGGUGGACGACGACGACGAAGACGCCAAGGGAGAGGCAGGGACAAGAAGAGACUGGGUUGAGAAGGCGCGCGCCAGUUAUCGCACCAUGCGCGAGUCUGGCGUCCUUCCGUCGGGUCUCGAUCUACCCGUCUUCCUCUGCGCAUCACCCGCCGCCGUGGCCUCGGUGCUGCGGACGUCGCUGGCGGAAGCGGAGGAGGCGCACGAGAGGAAGCCGCGUUGGCGAUCCGGUGACGUCCCGUUCCUGCUGGUCGCGGCCGCGGAGACGGAGCAGGGGAUCGUCGAGGAGGACAACGACGAAGAAGAAGAAGAAGAGCAAACUAAGGUUGGCAGCUGGGAAAGGAGCUGGUUCAAGCCCGUUUUCAAAGCCGCCGCCGAGGUGCUGGUGGACGAGCUCUGGUGGGUCGUCGCGGAGCAGAUGACGUCGCUGGGCCAGAUGAUGAGGUUCGUUCGGGGCGCGACAGUGGCUGAGGAGCAUGUCACGACGACGGAAGAAGAGAGGCAAGGGGACGGAGGAGAGGCGAUUGAUGUUGGUAGUGGACGGGCUGAGGAGCCGGGCCAUGACGACGACGGGCUGGAUGAGAUAUGGUGGACAGUUCACAUGCCGCCGCAUCAGAUGAAGAAGAGGCGGAGGGUACGAGCGAGAUCUGGAUAAUGAGUCCGAAGAGCUACUUACCUGACCUGCAACUAUGAACCGAUGCGCAGGCAUUGCUGAUGUUUAUGCCAACUACUUGCAACUGCAGCUAUCCGCUAGCAUGGACAAGUUGUUUAAAUCUCCUAAGCUAAGACCACCAAUGUGACGGAUACCCGAACCCUGAAGUAGAACUAGCUUAAUUCACUAGGAUUAGAAGUCUUCUUUUAGACGGAAUGAUAUGGUAUCAAUAGAAGA